CGAAUCGCGUGUAAGUUCGUGUACCUUGCUAUUAUUCUUAUAACACAUAUACGCAUUUUCUACAGAAAGUUAAAAAAAGAGGGAAAAGAGAAUUUAAAAGAGAAAGAGAGAAUAUGGAGAAACCAUUUUCGCUACAAAGUCCUCUUGCAGCAAAAGACGCCAAUCGACGCAUCCCUCUCGCAUCAAGAGACACCAAUCGAAAAAGUCGGCUUGCAACAAAAGACCCCAAUCGAAAACGAACCAGUCUUCCAUCAAAAAACACCGAUCGACGAGAUCCUCUUACUUCAAAAGACGCAGAUCGACGGAACCCUCGUGCUGCUGUAAAAGACGCCGAUCGACGAAACACUAUAAAUCGUUCAAAAGACAGCUGUCCACGACGCUCUUUAGCAUCUAUUGACACCAAUCGACCAUUACAAAGUCGAGAAACACACAUAAAACAAUCCAAAAACCUAGAUCCGCGGUUGAUUGUAAUGACCAACCGAGAACGUAACGAUAAAUACACAGAAGCUGUUUUACAACGUAGCAACACUACACGCAAUCAAUCUAUUAGUUUAACAGCAACAACUUUGACCGAGGGGGAAACAGCGAUCAAAACGGUCAUCAUCAACGCCACCAGCGACGUUAAAGCGAUCGAAACGACAUUACACUGCUGAUAUCCUAGCGACGCGGUCGGAUACGAGCCCUAUCAGCAGUCUCAACACCGAUUGCUUAUAUCAAAUAUUUCGACAUUGCGGAAACAUAGAGACGUUA